AUGGCCUCCAAGCUCGCCCGCUUCGGCCCCAGCCCCGCCGCGGCCAGCUCCUUCCCCCGGGCAUUCCGCGCCACCGGCCUCCACUGCGGCAUCAAGAAGAGCCCCAACGCACCCGACCUGGGCCUGCUGCUCUCCGACAGCCCCGAGACCGUCGCCGCCGGCUGCUUCACCCGCAACCGCUUCAAGGCCGCCCCCGUCCACUACUCCCUCCAAACCCUCCGCGACUCCCGCGGGCAGCGCAUCAGGGCCGUCGUCGUCAACUCCGGCUGUGCGAAUGCGGUCACCGGCACACGCGGCCUCGCCGACGCCCGCGAGAUGGCCCGUCUGCUCGACCGCCAUCUCCACCCCGCCGAGCACCACCCCGCACCCGCAUCGCUCGUGCUCUCCACCGGCGUCAUCGGCCAGCUGCUGCCCAUCGACCGCGUCCGCGCCGGGAUCGCCGCCGGCCUCGCCCAGCUCGGCCCCGCCUACCCCGACUGGCUCGCCCUCGCCCAGGCCUUCAUGACCACCGACACCUUCCCCAAGCUGCUCACCCACUCCUUCCGCCUCGGCCCCCACGAGAUCCGCCUCGCUGGGAUCGACAAGGGCGCCGGGAUGAUCCACCCCUCCAUGGCCGCCCCGCCCCACGCCACCCUCCUCGGCCUCAUCGCCACCGACGCCGCCAUCCUGCCCGACGCCCUCCAGGCCGCCCUCACCCACGCCGUCGACCGCUCCUUCAACCGGAUCUCCGUCGACGGCGACAUGUCCACCAACGACUCCGUCAUCGCCCUCGCCAACGCCGCCGCCGCCAACCAGCCCAUCUCCCUCGCCGACCCCCACCACUUCGACCAGUUCCAGGACGAGCUCACCCGCUUCGCCCUCCGCCUCGCCAAGCUCGUCGUCCGCGACGGCGAGGGCGCCUCCAAGUUCGUCCACAUCCGCGUCCAGGGCGCCCACUCCGAACGCGACGCAGCCUCCAUCGCCUCCACCAUCGCCACCUCCGCCCUCGUCAAGACCGCCCUGAACGGCGAGGAUGCCAACUGGGGCAGGAUCCUCUGCGCCCUCGGCUACAGCCCCGUCAGCCACCCCAUCGACCCCGCUGCCGUCUCCGUCGACAUCAUCGCCCCGAACAGCCAGAAGCAGAUGCAGAUCCGUCUGCUCACCAACGGCGAGCCCGAGCCGCUCAUCGACGAACACAAGGCCAAGCAGAUCCUCAGCCACGAAGACCUCAUCAUCCAGCUCAACCUCGGCCACCCCAACGCACACCAGGCCAGCUUCUACACCUGCGACCUCUCCAAGGAAUACGUCGCCAUCAAUGCCGACUACAGGUCGUGA